CCCGCCCAGGUCCAUCAGGCCCCGCUCCUGCCCGGCCGCGGCCAUGGUGGCGCUCAAGGGCAUCCCCGCCGUGCUGUCCCCCGACCUGCUGUUCGCGCUGGCGCGCAUGGGGCACGGAGACGAGAUCGUUCUUGCAGACGCCAACUUCCCCACCUCCUCCAUCUGUCAGUGUGGACCUGUGGAGAUCCGGGCAGAUGGCCUGGGCAUCCCGCUGCUCCUGGAGGCUGUGCUGAAGCUGCUACCCCUGGACACCUAUGUGGAGAGCCCGGCUGCUGUCAUGGAACUCGUGCCCAGUGACAAGGAGAGAGGCCUGCAGACCCCAGUGUGGCAAGAUUACGAGUCCCUUCUGCUUGGGGCAGGCUGCAUGAAACCCCUUGUGAAGAUAGAGAGGUUUGAGUUUUAUGAACGAGCAAAGAAGGCUUUUGCUGUUGUUGCAACUGGGGAGACGGCCCUCUAUGGAAAUAUCAUCCUCAAGAAGGGGACACUUGUCCUCGCUCCUCUAUAGGCCUGAUGAAGACCACUCUGGGUGAGAAGAACCAACAAUACCUGAGCCCGACCAGUGGGCCUCCCCAUGGCAUCAUCUGUACCCAGGCCCUAACUUAGGGCUCGAGAGGCUGGCAGGUCUUGGGGAGCCCUGACCUGCACUGGAUUCCCCCAAUUUGUGAAAAUGAUGGGAAAACCUAGUCACUGUCAACCUUCAACCUAAAGGUUCUGUUCUUACACAGACUUCUUUUGUGCUGAACUCCACAGAGCCUACGGCUUCCCAAAGAACACCCCCACCCUCACCCCACCCCCAGUGAAUCCUCAGUUGGGAAAUGAGGAUUGAGCCUGGGCACUGGGCAGGGACCUGGUUGCUGAGUAGGAGACUGGGACUGGGCAGGAGGCUGGGACUCGCCAGGGUGCAUGGUGUUUGUGGGAGGGGGGUCUGGAGGGGGGUACAUUAGAUGCCAUUGAGUAGGGUGAGGGCUUUGCAUUGCCACUCAGGUUGCAGACAUGGGUGGAUCUUGACCAGAGCCAUUCCCUCAGUCCCAAGCAGGAGAGCAGGUAGCAGGGUUGGCAUGGAUGCUUUGGGAGCAAGAAAUGCAGACCCUUGGAAGUGACAUUGGGUGCCAGUGUGGGUGGUGCCGACCACGCUGGUGUAGGACCAGAGAGGCCUGGGUGUGGCCUGGGCCCCAGGGCUGUGAUCAGUGAGUGAGUACCUACUGCAUAUGCAUGAGCAGUCAAAUGGAGCUCAAAGAUGACGUUGGAUGUGAGCCGGCUGCUUCCGGCUUGAAGCCCCCAUUGUCCCGGGAGGUAAAGAUACAGAGGUAGCUUUGGAGGGCCAGGAAUAGCUUUGCGGUGGUGUUGUUGGGGGGGGGGGGAAUGCUUAGACUGAGUCUCAAGCCACUGUAUAGACCUCUCAGAUGGUCCAAAGGAACUGUGCUAAUUCACAUCCUCGCCAGCAGGGUGAGUCCAGCUCUUCUGCCCCAUGUGUCUUAAUUUUCAUUCCCUGAUUUGUGUAUGAUUUGUGUAUGAUUUUUAUGGGCCUGGUGCUGCCUCCAUCUACUUUCUUGAGUGGCACGAAUGUUCACAUCUCUUGCUCGUUUUUCACUGGCACUAGAACCUUUUUAAAUCUUGGUCCACUCUCUUCUGGGGAGUGCCUGUGCCCACCAGAAGGCUACUGGGUCCAAUUAACACUCAAACUUUUGUUUUGGUAGCACUGGGGUUUGAACUCAGGGCUUUGUGCUUGCAAAGAAGGAGUUCUACUGCUUGAGCCACACCUC